CGGCGCGACACGCGCGCGGAUACUUUUCCUUGCUUUUAUUGCCAUUCGUUCUUCGCCCGCCCGGAUCAUUCAGAUCUCUCUGUCGCGACCGAUCGGCAGUGGUCGACGAAGAUGCUGUUCUGCCCGACGUGCGCGAACCUGCUCGUCAUCUCGCAAGAGACGGGGUACAACAAGUGGGCGUGCAACACCUGCCCGUAUGAAUUCCCAAUCACGAAACAAAUGACGUCCCGAACGAAGCUCAAGCGCAAGGAAGUCGACGACGUCCUCGGCGGCGACCAGAUGUGGGAGCAUGCGGAUGCGACGUCUGCCACCUGUCCCAAGUGCGAUCAUGGUCGAGCAUAUUUUUACCAGCUACAGAUCCGAUCCGCGGACGAACCGAUGACUACCUUCUACCGGUGUGCGGCGUGUGGUAAUCAAUGGCGAGAGAACUGAACGUUCUCCCUGGCGCUCUCUGCUCCGUCCAACCCGUCAACUCCGUCACCAUCGCUUGUAAUGGAGCUGAAACCAGUCGGGCUUGUCGGGAUCAUUCCAGUGCAAAGCACCAUCGAGCCAAGAUACGCCCAUCUAACGGACGGGCGCCCAACAGCGGCCUCUUGUGACGUUACGAAUACUGCGACAAACAUGGACAGCUUUGUCGGCAGCUGGAUAUCGCGCGUUCGCGGGAAUUGCGAUUUCAUCGCAUUUGCGCAGCCUUCUGCGCGGCUUGGAUGUCAACAUAUCAGUCUUGCAAUCGCGGAAGGGUAGAACGGGAAGGCAAAGGGGUAAACCCGUCUUGAUGCUGACUAUUCAACGUGAAAAGGACCGUAGCUAUAGUCCUCGAGCUCUCGUGGCCUGCGGCCUCCCUGUAUGACACGCGCUCAAGGGACCCUCACUCGC